CCCAUACUCGCACCCCCCCCGAGCAGCGGCAGAGAGUGAGGGAGAUCCGCGGGGUCAGGACCGAAGAACCGCGAUCAACAUCCCGGAAGACAGAAGGUCGCAGCAGCCACAGUGACAUGGGCAGCGGAGGUCACGGCGACCCGCGCAGAGCCUCUCCCGAACCGCACCGCGGAGAAUGACUCGGGCUAAUGGAGCCGGAGGGGCGAGCGGCGGCGUCCCGGGGGCCGAGGAGUGGGAGCCCGAGGGCGGGCCGCGGCGAGGCCCGGCGGGUGCGGCCCCCGACGGCGGCUGGGGCUGGGUGGUGCUGGCCGCCACCAUCGUGGUCCUGGCCCUGACGCUGGCGUUCCCGUCCUGCAUGGGCAUCUUCUACACCGACCUGCAGAACGAGUUCAACGCCUCCAACAGCGAGACCUCCUGGGUGCCCUCCAUCAUGACCUCAGUGCUCCACGCCGGAGGUCCCAUUUGCAGCGUGCUGGUGGAGCGACUCGGUUGCCGGGCGACCGUCAUGUUGGGCGGCGUCCUCAGCGGCCUGGGAAUGGCUGCCAGUUCGUUUACCCAGUCCAUCGAGCAGCUCUACGUCACCACCGGGGUCAUCACAGGUCUCGGCUUUUGCUUCAGCUUCCAGCCCGCCGUGACCAUCCUCGGCCACUACUUUGUGCGCCGCCGCGCCUUCGCCAACGCCUUGUCCUCCACGGGCACGGCGCUGGGACUGUGCACCCUGCCCAUCCUGGGCAACUACCUCCACGGCGAGCUGGGCUGGAGGGGGAGCUUCCUCGUGCUGGGCGCCGUGCUGCUGAACUGCUGCGUGUGCGGCGCGCUGAUGAGGCCCCUGGGGGGCCCCGGCGCGCGCCGACCGCCCCCGCCUCCCGUGGAGAAGGAGGAGGAGGAGGAGGGCGGGAGGACGCGGCGGGCGUGGGGCCGCGCGGCGGCGGCGGCGCUGAGCAAGCACAUGGCCUUCGACCAGCUGCUCCACAACCCGCGGUACUGCGCCUACGCCGCGGGCAUCACCUGGAUGAUGCUGGGCUUCGUGGUGCCCCUGAUCUACCUGGUGCCCUACGCCACGGCCCACGGCAUGGAGCAGGGCCGCGCCGCGCUGCUGCUCUCCAUCCUGGGCCUUGUGAACAUCGUGGUGCGGCCGCCCUUCGGCGUGGUCUUCGGCAUGCCCUGGUUCAAGGGGCGGCACAUCUACGUCUUCUCCUGGGCGCUGCUGGUCAACGGGCUCAGCAACGGCAUCUGCUGCGUCGGGCCCAGCUUCCCCGUCCUGCUGGCGUACGUGGUGGUCUACGGCCUCUCCAUGAGCGUGGUGGGCUCCCUGAUGUUCACCGUCCUCAUGGACGUGGUGGAGAUGAGCCGCUUCCCCUCGGCGCUGGGCCUGCUCGCCAUCAUGGAGAGCGUCACGCUGCUCAUCGGGCCUCCACUGGCAGGAGUCCUGAUUGACUGGACGGGUCAGUACUUCUACGUCUUCUUCGCCUCCAGCGCCGUCGUGGCCUCCUCCGCCGUGUUCCUCAUGGUGUCCUUCUACUGGUUGGACGCCAGGGACAGGAAGUCGUCGGGGCAGAGUCCACCGUCCACGCCACCCUCGGUGGACCCGGCGCCCCGCUGUGAGUACAGCAGCGUCCCCACGGAGGGGGACAGAGACAGGGCCUCGUCCAACGGGGCGCAGAACGUCAGCGGCGUCUGAAAGCCGCUCGCACCCCUGCAGACCGGAGCUUUACCUUUUUUUUUUUUCCACGCCAGGGAUUGUUUUGCGCCGUCUGACCGUAAGUCAGACCCCACGUACCAAAAUGAUCAGAUGUGCACUUACAGCUGCGACGCGAUUGUACUAUUUAUUGCCAAAAUGCUGCCGAUUCUCAUCGCCGUGGUUACACAGGCUCAUCAAGCCAAGUCACACAAGUGCUCCUUUCGUUUGAAGGAAUGACGCAAUCUGGUUUCACGGAGCGUUUGAAGAUGAGAGCUUCUAGUGGAGGUUAAGCUCUUAAAGUAUAUGUUGAAGUAUAUGUCUGGUUUCCAUAUUUUUUCAUACGUGCAAACUUGUGUAUCUGGGAUGUUUUCCUUUUGAAAGUGGAACCGAGACAUGCAGGACUGAGCCUUUAAAACCAGGAAAAUAUAUAAAAAUAACAGCUCGAGACGUUUCCUUUAAAAUAUCCAUAAGAAGUUUUACAUUAGGCCUUUAGGCUACUCAGUCAGAGCAGAAAUUGGAAAUUACAUUCUUUUGUCAUCUUUAAUAUCUUUCAAAGCAGAAAACAUGUAUUUUAUAUGUAUGGCAGCAUUAGAUCUUUGAAUCUGUUCUGUUUUCGCUGUAUACCAUGAAUAUCCAUACUUUCUAAGCAGUGAUUUAUCUCUUUAUUGUGUUGUUUUUUAGGUGGCUCUCACGUCCAUUCUCUCCGUAGUGGAGCAGUGCCUUUCUGUAGAACCGGUGCGUUUGUAAACCCUUUUCGGGAAGAUAGAAGCAGAUGAUUUUCUGUGUUUCCAGCAGCGCUGAGUUGUUUAUGACACUGAGUUUAUUAUCAGUCCCAAUCACAGGUUUUAUAUGACAGCCUUAUCUUCUGAUUAACAAAAAGUGCAAUGGUUUUAUGUCGGACGUGACGGAAAGAUGUAUCUACAUUUUUCAGGUAUAAUCUGUAAAGUGGCUGCAAUAAGAAGAUUUGUUAGUCAUUUUCAGGGGUUUGUCUUGCUUUGGGCCAAAUAAAACUUUUUUUUAUAAAGUCUUUAUUUAUGCAUUAUGGUCAGGGGAAAAAUAAAUGUUUGAAUAUCAAAGUAAA